AUGUCGCAGUCCCGCGCUCCUCUUCUCAUCUCCCUCCCCUCCGAUCACAUCUCUUACCCGUCAUACUCCGAUCUCCUGCCGCCGGUGCCGCCAAAUCCGCCGUCAUCCCCGUUACUGCUCUCCUCGAUUCUCGUUAAGAUCUUUCAUUGGUCAGACAUGGUGGAUUUGAUUCCGCCAUUGGCGUGGCUGCACAUAACGGUGGGCGUCGUAGGCGUGCUGAUCAUGACCUACACCUUCAUGAUGCGCAAGCUGAAAGAGGAUCUGCUUAUAUCGGAGACGUUCGCGGCGCUAGUGGUGGGCGUGCUGCUGGGGCCGCACUGCAUCCGCGUGUUGGACCCGCACGGCGCCUUGGGCGAAGAAACGGCGCUCGCCUUGCUGCAAGAGCUCUCCCGCCUGGUCCUGGCAGUGCAGCUGGUGUCAGCGGGCCUGGGCCUACCUCUCAAGUACGUGGAGCGGCAGUGGCGGACGCUAGCCGUGCUGCUGGGUCCCACCAUGCUCGCCACGUUGGCCAUCUCCUUUGCCCUCGCGCUCGCACUGCUGCCGCACGCGGGCGUGGGGUGGCAGACGUGCCUGCUCGUCGCCGCGUGCCUCACGCCCACGGAUCCAGUGCUCGCCUCCACCGUCCUGCAGGGCCGCUUCGCUGAAAUGCACCUGCCAGCGCCGCUGCGCUUCAUGUUGCAGGCGGAGAGCGGGGCAAACGACGGCAUGGCACUGCCGUACGUCUCUCUGCCCAUCGCACUGCUGCUGCAGCCCACGCUCAAGCUCGCCCUCACGAACUGGCUCGCCGUCGCCUGCGCCUACCAGGUGAUUUUUAAGGCGCCUUUAGCACCGUCUGAAGAGGCACCACUGCUGCUGCAGCCCACGGUUAAGCUCGCGCUCACGCACUGGCUUGUCGUCGCCUGCGCCUACCAGGUGUGCUUUCAGGCGUCUCAGUUCUUGUUGGGCUGGCCCCAUAGCAGCGGGCAUGCUGUACGGGCGGCUGCAGCUGGGCGACCGCUGAGUUGUGAGUCGACUCACUCUGCCCUGCCCGCCCCUGUCCCGUGCGCCAAUCUGUGUCAGGUGGGGCUGGCCAUAGCAGCGGGGUUGCUGUACGUGCUGGUUGCACGAGGCCUGCUGCUUCUAGGCGACCGCUACGGGCUCAUAGACGAGCCGUCCUUCCUUGCUCACAUCAUCGGCCUUGCCCUCGGCGCGCUAGGGCUUGUUCGGGCCGUUGGCCCCUCACCUGAGAGAGCCAAGGUCGCGUCUUCCCUCCUUUUUCCUCUGCCCCUCUCUGUGCAUGCACGCAUGCGCCAUGCAGGUACGAGCGGGGUGCUGGCUGUGUUCGUGGCAACCAUAGCCUUCUCCAGCCGCGAGCCCACAGCAGAGGAGGGGCGGUACGACGCGAUAAACGGCAUAGAGAUCAUCGUCACCAUCACCUACUUCACCUACUUCGGCGCCUUCCUCCCCUUCGCCGCCUGGCGCGCCCUCGGCAUCCCCCGCCUGCUGCUCUUCAGCGCGCUCGUCCUGCUGCUGCGCCGCCUGCCCGUGCUGCUCGCGCUCGCUCCCUGCCUGCCGGAGCUGCACCGGCAGGUGGGGUCCAAGCGAGCGGUGUAUUGUCAGGCCGGGUUUGCGGGGUUCUUUGGGCCGAUUGGGGUGGGGGCUGUGCUGUAUGCGGCACAGGCGUGUGAGGAGCUGGGGGGGGAUGCGACAGCAGCGCACGUGGUGCUGUUUGUGGUGGUGGCGUCGGUGGUGGUGCAUGGGGUGACUGCUGCGCCCUUGUCUCGCCUGCUGUCGACCAGACAAGUGCAGCCAGGUGACCCGGUAGAACGUCCUCCCAUCACCCCGUCCCAUUCUCCCUCCUUCCAUCACCCCGAUUUAUUCUCCCUCCUUCCAUCACCCCGCCCCAUUCUCCCGCUUUCCAUCACCCCGCCCCAUUCUCCCGCUUUCCAUCACCCCACCCCAUUCCCCCUCAUUCAAUCACCCCGCCCCAUUCUCCCGCUUUCCAUCACCCCGCCCCAUUCUCCCGCUUUCCAUCACCCCGCCCCAUUCUCCCGCUUUCCAUCACCCCGCCCCAUUCUCCCGCUUUCCAUCACCCCAACCCAUUCUCCCGCUUUCCAUCACCCGGCCCCAUUCUCCCGCUUUCCAUCACCCCGCCCCAUACUCCCGCUUUCCAUCACCCCGCCCCAUUCUCCCGCUUUCCAUCACCCCGCCCCAUUCUCCCACUUUCCAUCACCCCGCUCCAUUCUCCCGCUUUCCAUCACCCCGCCCCGUUCUCCCGCUUUCCAUCUCCCCGCCCCAUUCUCCCGCUUUCCAUCACCCCACCCCAUUCCCCCUCCUUCAAUCACCCCGCCCCAUUCUCCCGCUUUCCAUCACCCCGCCCCAUUCUCCCGCUUUCAAUCACCCCGCCCCAUUCUCUCGCUUCCCAUCACCCAGCCGCAUUAUCCCGCUUUCCAUCACCCCGCCCCAUUCUCCCGCUUUCCAUCACCCCGCCCCAUUCUCCUGAUUUCCAUCACCCCGCCCCAUUCUCCCUCCUUCAAUCACCCCGCCCCAUUCUCCCUCCUUCCAUCACCCCGCCCCAUUCUCCCGUUUUCCAUCACCCCGCCCCAUUCUCCCGCUUUCCAUCACCCCGCCCCAUUCUCCCGCUUUCCAUCACCUUGGCCCAUUCUCCCGCUUUCCAUCGCCCCGCCCCAUUCUCCCUCCUUCCAUCACCCCGCCUCAUUCUCCCGCUUUCCAUCACCCCGCCCCAUUCUCCUGCUUUCCAUCACCCCGCCCCAUUCUCCUGUUUUCCAUCACCCCGCCCCAUUCUCCCGCUUUCCAUCACCCCGCCCCAUUCUCCCGCUUUCCAUCACCUUGCCCCAUUCUCCCGCUUUCCAUCGCCCCGCCCCAUUCUCCCUCCUUCCAUCGCCCCGCCUCAUUCUCCCGCUUUCCAUCACCCCGCCCCAUUCUCCCGCUUUCCAUCACCCAGCCGCAUUAUCCCGCUUUCCAUCACCCCGCCCCAUUCUCCCGCUUUCCAUCACCCCGCCCCAUUCUCCUGCUUUCCAUCGCCCCGCCCCAUUCUCCCUCCUUCCAUCACCCCGCCUCAUUCUCCCGCUUUCCAUCACCCCGCCCCAUUCUCCUGCUUUCCAUCACCCCGCCCCAUUCUCCCUCCUUCAAUCACCCCGCCCCAUUCUCCCUCCUUCCAUCACCCCGCCCCAUUCUCCCGCUUUCCAUCACCCCGCCCCAUUCUCCCGCUUUCCAUCACCCCGCCCCAAUCUCCUGCUUUCCAUCACCCCGCCCCAUUCUCCCGCUUUCCAUCACCCCGCCCCAUUCUCCCGUUUUCCAUCACCCCGCCCCAUUCUCCCGCUUUCCAUCACCCCGCCCCAUUCUCCCGCUUUCCAUCACCUUGGCCCAUUCUCCCGCUUUCCAUCGCCCCGCCCCAUUCUCCCUCCUUCCAUCACCCCGCCUCAUUCUCCCACUUUCCAUCACCCCGCCCCAUUCUCCUGCUUUCCAUCACCCCGCCCCAUUCUCCCUCCUUCAAUCACCCCGCCCCAUUCUCCCUCCUUCCAUCAUCCCGCCCCAUUCUCACGCUUUCCAUCACCCCGCCCCAUUCUCCCGCUUUCCAUCACCCCGCCCCAUUCUCCCGCUUUCCAUCACCCCGCCCCAUUCUCCCGCUUUCCAUCACCCCGCCCCAUUCUCCCGCUUUCCAUCACCCCGCCCCAUUCUCCCGCUUUCCAUCACCCCGCCCCAUUCUCCCGCUUUCCAUCACCCCGCCCCAUUCUCCCGCUUUCCAUCACCCCGCCCCAUUCUCCCGCUUUCCAUCACCCCGCCCCAUUCUCCCGCUUUCCAUUACCCCGCCCCAUUCCCCCUCCUUCCAUCAUCCCACCCCAUUCUCCCGCUUUCCAUCACCCCGCCCCAUUCUCCCACUUUCCGUCACCCCGCCCCAUUCUCCCGCUUUCCAUCACCCCGCCCCAUUCUCCCGCUUUCCAUCACCCCACCCCAUUCUCCCGCUUUCCAUCACUCCGCCCCAUUCUCCCACUUUCCAUCACCCCGCCCCAUUCUCCCGCUUUCCAUCACCCCGCCCCAUUCUCCCGCUUUCCAUCACUCCGCCCCAUUCUCCCGCUUUCCAUCACCCCGCCCCAUUCUCCCGCUUUCCAUCACCCCGCCCCAUUCUCCCGCUUUCCAUCACCCCGCCCCAUUCUCCCGCUUUCCAUCACCCCGCCCCAUUCUCCCGCUUUCCAUCACCCCGCCCCAUUCUCCCGCUUUCCAUCACCCCGCCCCAUUCUCCCGCUUUCCAUCACCCCGCCCCAUUCUCCCGCUUUCCAUCACCCCGCCCCAUUCUCCCGCUUUCCAUCACCCUGCCCCAUUCUCCCGCUUUCCAUCACCCCGCCCCAUUCUCCUGCUUUCCAUCACCCCGCCCCAUUCUCCCGCUUUCCAUCACCCCACCCCAUUCCCCCUCCUUCAAUCACCCCGCCCCAUUCUCCCGCUUUCCAUCACCCCGCCCCAUUCUCCCGCUUUCCAUCACCCCGCCCCAUUCUCCCGCUUUCCAUCACCCCGCCCCAUUCUCCCGCUUUCCAUCACCCCAACCCAUUCUCCCGCUUUCCAUCAACCGGCCCCAUUCUCCCGCUUUCCAUCACCCUGCCCCAUACUCCUGCUUUCCAUCACCCCGCCCCAUUCUCCCGCUUUCCAUCACCCCGCCCCAUUCUCCCAUUUUCCAUCACCCUGCUCCAUUCUCCCGCGUUCCAUCACCCCGCCCCGUUCUCCCGCUUUCCAUCGCCCCGCCCCAUUCUCCCGCUUUCCAUCACCCCACCCCAUUCCCCCUCCUUCAAUCACCCCGCCCCAUUCUCCCGCUUUCCAUCACCCCGCCCCAUUCUCCCGCUUUCCAUCACCCCGCCCCAUUCUCCCGCUUUCCAUCACCCAGCCGCAUUAUCCCGCUUUCAAUCACCCCGCCCCAUUCUCCCGCUUUCCAUCACCCCGCCCCAUUCUCCUGCUUUCCAUCACCCCGCACAAUUCUCCCUCCUUCAAUCACCCCGCCCCAUUCUCCCUCCUUCCAUCACCCCGCCCCAUUCUCCUGUUUUCCAUCACCCCGCCCCAUUCUCCCGCUUUCCAUCACCCCGCCCCAUUCUCCCGCUUUCCAUCACCUUGGCCCAUUCUCCCGCUUUCCAUCGCCCCGCCCCAUUCUCCCUCCUUCCAUCACCCCGCCUCAUUCUCCCGCUUUCCAUCACCCCGCCCCAUUCUCCUGCUUUCCAUCACCCCGCCCCAUUCUCCCUCCUUCAAUCACCCCGCCCCAUUCUCCCUCCUUCCAUCACCCCGCCCCAUUCUCCCGCUUUCCAUCACCCCGCCCCAUUCUCCCGCUUUCCAUCACCCCGCCCCAUUCUCCCGCUUUCCAUCACCCCGCCCCAUUCUCCCGCUUUCCAUCACCCCGCCCCAUUCCCCCUCCUUCCAUCAUCCCACCCCAUUCUCCCGCUUUCCAUCACCCCGCCCCAUUCUCCCACUUUCCGUCACCCCGCCCCAUUCUCCCGCUUUCCAUCACCCCGCCCCAUUCUCCCGCUUUCCAUCACCCCGCCCCAUUCUCCCGCUUUCCAUCACCCCACCCCAUUCUCCCACUUUCCAUCACUCCGCCCCAUUCUCCCGCUUUCCAUCACCCCGCCCCAUUCUCCCGCUUUCCAUCACCCCGCCCCAUUCUCCCGCUUUCCAUCACCCCGCCCCAUUCUCCCGCUUUCCAUCACUCCGCCCCAUUCUCCCCCUUUCCAUCACCCCGCCCCAUUCUCCCGCUUUCCAUCACCCCGCCCCAUUCUCCCGCUUUCCAUCACCCCGCCCCAUUCUCCCGCUUUCCAUCACCCCGCCCCAUUCUCCCGCUUUCCAUCACCCCGCCCCAUUCUCCCGCUUUCCAUCACCCCGCCCCAUUCUCCCGCUUUCCAUCACCCUGCCCCAUUCUCCCGCUUUCCAUCACCCCGCCCCAUUCUCCUGCUUUCCAUCACCCCGCCCCAUUCUCCCGCUUUCCAUCACCCCGCCCCAUUCCCCCUCCUUCAAUCACCCCGCCCCAUUCUCCCGCUUUCCAUCACCCCGCCCCAUUCUCCCGCUUUCCAUCACCCCGCCCCAUUCUCCCGCUUUCCAUCACCCCGCCCCAUUCUCCCGCUUUCCAUCACCCCAACCCAUUCUCCCGCUUUCCAUCACCCGGCCCCAUUCUCCCGCUUUCCAUCACCCUGCCCCAUACUCCUGCUUUCCAUCACCCCGCCCCAUUCUCCCGCUUUCCAUCACCCCGCCCCAUUCUCCCAUUUUCCAUCACCCUGCUCCAUUCUCCCGCUUUCCAUCACCCCGCCCCGUUCUCCCGCUUUCCAUCACCCCGCCCCAUUCUCCCGCUUUCCAUCACCCCGCCCCAUUCUCCCGCUUUCCAUCGCCCCGCCCCAUUCUCCCUCCUUCCAUCACCCCGCCUCAUUCUCCCGCUUUCCAUCACCCCGCCCCAUUCUCCUGCUUUCCAUCACCCCGCCCCAUUCUCCCUCCUUCAAUCACCCCGCCCCAUUCUCCCUCCUUCCAUCACCCCGCCCCAUUCUCCCGCUUUCCAUCACCCCGCCCCAUUCUCCCGCUUUCCAUCACCCCGCCCCAUUCUCCCGCUUUCCAUCACCCCGCCCCAUUCUCCCGCUUUCCAUCACCCCGCCCCAUUCCCCCUACUUCCAUCAUCCCACCCCAUUCUCCCGCUUUCCAUCACCCCGCCCCAUUCUCCCACUUUCCGUCACCCCGCCCCAUUCUCCCGCUUUCCAUCACCCCGCCCCAUUCUCCCGCUUUCCAUCACCCCGCCCCAUUCUCCCGCUUUCCAUCACCCCACCCCAUUCUCCCACUUUCCAUCACUCCGCCCCAUUCUCCCGCUUUCCAUCACCCCGCCCCAUUCUCCCGCUUUCCAUCACCCCGCCCCAUUCUCCCGCUUUCCAUCACCCCGCCCCAUUCUCCCGCUUUCCAUCACUCCGCCCCAUUCUCCCCCUUUCCAUCACCCCGCCCCAUUCUCCCGCUUUCCAUCACCCCGCCCCAUUCUCCCGCUUUCCAUCACCCCGCCCCAUUCUCCCGCUUUCCAUCACCCCGCCCCAUUCUCCCGCUUUCCAUCACCCCGCCCCAUUCUCCCGCUUUCCAUCACCCCGCCCCAUUCUCCCGCUUUCCAUCACUCCGCCCCAUUCUCCCCCUUUCCAUCACCCCGCCCCAUUCUCCCGCUUUCCAUCACCCCGCCCCAUUCUCCCGCUUUCCAUCACCCCGCCCCAUUCUCCCGCUUUCCAUCACCCCGCCCCAUUCUCCCGCUUUCCAUCACCCCGCCCCAUUCUCCCGCUUUCCAUCACCCCGCCCCAUUCUCCCGCUUUCCAUCACCCUGCCCCAUUCUCCCGCUUUCCAUCACCCCGCCCCAUUCUCCUGCUUUCCAUCACCCCGCCCCAUUCUCCCGCUUUCCAUCACCCCGCCCCAUUCCCCCUCCUUCAAUCACCCCGCCCCAUUCUCCCGCUUUCCAUCACCCCGCCCCAUUCUCCCGCUUUCCAUCACCCCGCCCCAUUCUCCCGCUUUCCAUCACCCCGCCCCAUUCUCCCGCUUUCCAUCACCCCAACCCAUUCUCCCGCUUUCCAUCACCCGGCCCCAUUCUCCCGCUUUCCAUCACCCUGCCCCAUACUCCUGCUUUCCAUCACCCCGCCCCAUUCUCCCGCUUUCCAUCACCCCGCCCCAUUCUCCCAUUUUCCAUCACCCUGCUCCAUUCUCCCGCUUUCCAUCACCCCGCCCCGUUCUCCCGCUUUCCAUCACCCCGCCCCAUUCUCCCGCUUUCCAUCACCCCACCCCAUUCCCCCUCCUUCAAUCACCCCGCCCCAUUCUCCCGCUUUCCAUCACCCUGCCCCAUUCUCCCGCUUUCCAUCACCCCGCCCCAUUCUCCCGCUUUCCAUCACCCAGCCGCAUUAUCCCGCUUUCCAUCACCCCGCCCCAUUCUCCCGCUUUCCAUCACCCCGCCCCAAUCUCCUGCUUUCCAUCACCCCGCCCCAUUCUCCCGCUUUCCAUCACCCCGCCCCAUUCUCCCGUUUUCCAUCACCCCGCCCCAUUCUCCCGCUUUCCAUCACCCCGCCCCAUUCUCCCGCUUUCCAUCACCUUGGCCCAUUCUCCCGCUUUCCAUCGCCCCGCCCCAUUCUCCCUCCUUCCAUCACCCCGCCUCAUUCUCCCGCUUUCCAUCACCCCGCCCCAUUCUCCUGCUUUCCAUCACCCCGCCCCAUUCUCCCUCCUUCAAUCACCCCGCCCCAUUCUCCCUCCUUCCAUCAUCCCGCCCCAUUCUCACGCUUUCCAUCACCCCGCCCCAUUCUCCCGCUUUCCAUCACCCCGCCCCAUUCUCCCGCUUUCCAUCACCCCGCCCCAUUCUCCCGCUUUCCAUCACCCCGCCCCAUUCUCCCGCUUUCCAUCACCCCGCCCCAUUCUCCCGCUUUCCAUCACCCCGCCCCAUUCUCCCGCUUUCCAUCACCCCGCCCCAUUCUCCCGCUUUCCAUCACCCCGCCCCAUUCUCCCGCUUUCCAUUACCCCGCCCCAUUCCCCCUCCUUCCAUCAUCCCACCCCAUUCUCCCGCUUUCCAUCACCCCGCCCCAUUCUCCCGCUUUCCAUCACCCCGCCCCAUUCUCCCACUUUCCGUCACCCCGCCCCAUUCUCCCGCUUUCCAUCACCCCGCCCCAUUCUCCCGCUUUCCAUCACCCCACCCCAUUCUCCCGCUUUCCAUCACUCCGCCCCAUUCUCCCACUUUCCAUCACCCCGCCCCAUUCUCCCGCUUUCCAUCACCCCGCCCCAUUCUCCCGCUUUCCAUCACUCCGCCCCAUUCUCCCGCUUUCCAUCACCCCGCCCCAUUCUCCCGCUUUCCAUCACCCCGCCCCAUUCUCCCGCUUUCCAUCACCCCGCCCCAUUCUCCCGCUUUCCAUCACCCCGCCCCAUUCUCCCGCUUUCCAUCACCCCGCCCCAUUCUCCCGCUUUCCAUCACCCCGCCCCAUUCUCCCGCUUUCCAUCACCCCGCCCCAUUCUCCCGCUUUCCAUCACCCCGCCCCAUUCUCCCGCUUUCCAUCACCCUGCCCCAUUCUCCCGCUUUCCAUCACCCCGCCCCAUUCUCCUGCUUUCCAUCACCCCGCCCCAUUCUCCCGCUUUCCAUCACCCCACCCCAUUCCCCCUCCUUCAAUCACCCCGCCCCAUUCUCCCGCUUUCCAUCACCCCGCCCCAUUCUCCCGCUUUCCAUCACCCCGCCCCAUUCUCCCGCUUUCCAUCACCCCGCCCCAUUCUCCCGCUUUCCAUCACCCCAACCCAUUCUCCCGCUUUCCAUCAACCGGCCCCAUUCUCCCGCUUUCCAUCACCCUGCCCCAUACUCCUGCUUUCCAUCACCCCGCCCCAUUCUCCCGCUUUCCAUCACCCCGCCCCAUUCUCCCAUUUUCCAUCACCCUGCUCCAUUCUCCCGCGUUCCAUCACCCCGCCCCGUUCUCCCGCUUUCCAUCACCCCGCCCCAUUCUCCCGCUUUCCAUCACCCCACCCCAUUCCCCCUCCUUCAAUCACCCCGCCCCAUUCUCCCGCUUUCCAUCACCCCGCCCCAUUCUCCCGCUUUCCAUCACCCCGCCCCAUUCUCCCGCUUUCCAUCACCCCAACCCAUUCUCCCGCUUUCCAUCAACCGGCCCCAUUCUCCCGCUUUCCAUCACCCUGCCCCAUACUCCUGCUUUCCAUCACCCCGCCCCAUUCUCCCGCUUUCCAUCACCCCGCCCCAUUCUCCCAUUUUCCAUCACCCUGCUCCAUUCUCCCGCGUUCCAUCACCCCGCCCCGUUCUCCCGCUUUCCAUCACCCCGCCCCAUUCUCCCGCUUUCCAUCACCCCACCCCAUUCCCCCUCCUUCAAUCACCCCGCCCCAUUCUCCCGCUUUCCAUCACCCCGCCCCAUUCUCCCGCUUUCCAUCACCCCGCCCCAUUCUCCCGCUUUCCAUCACCCAGCCGCAUUAUCCCGCUUUCAAUCACCCCGCCCCAUUCUCCCGCUUUCCAUCACCCCGCCCCAUUCUCCUGCUUUCCAUCACCCCGCACAAUUCUCCCUCCUUCAAUCACCCCGCCCCAUUCUCCCUCCUUCCAUCACCCCGCCCCAUUCUCCUGUUUUCCAUCACCCCGCCCCAUUCUCCCGCUUUCCAUCACCCCGCCCCAUUCUCCCGCUUUCCAUCACCUUGGCCCAUUCUCCCGCUUUCCAUCGCCCCGCCCCAUUCUCCCUCCUUCCAUCACCCCGCCUCAUUCUCCCGCUUUCCAUCACCCCGCCCCAUUCUCCUGCUUUCCAUCACCCCGCCCCAUUCUCCCUCCUUCAAUCACCCCGCCCCAUUCUCCCUCCUUCCAUCACCCCGCCCCAUUCUCCCGCUUUCCAUCACCCCGCCCCAUUCUCCCGCUUUCCAUCACCCCGCCCCAUUCUCCCACUUUCCAUCACCCCGCCCCAUUCUCCCGCUUUCCAUCACCCCGCCCCAUUCCCCCUCCUUCCAUCAUCCCACCCCAUUCUCCCGCUUUCCAUCACCCCGCCCCAUUCUCCCACUUUCCGUCACCCCGCCCCAUUCUCCCGCUUUCCAUCACCCCGCCCCAUUCUCCCGCUUUCCAUCACCCCGCCCCAUUCUCCCGCUUUCCAUCACCCCACCCCAUUCUCCCACUUUCCAUCACUCCGCCCCAUUCUCCCGCUUUCCAUCACCCCGCCCCAUUCUCCCGCUUUCCAUCACCCCGCCCCAUUCUCCCGGUUUCCAUCACCCCGCCCCAUUCUCCCGCUUUCCAUCACUCCGCCCCAUUCUCCCCCUUUCCAUCACCCCGCCCCAUUCUCCCGCUUUCCAUCACCCCGCCCCAUUCUCCCGCUUUCCAUCACCCCGCCCCAUUCUCCCGCUUUCCAUCACCCCGCCCCAUUCUCCCGCUUUCCAUCACCCCGCCCCAUUCUCCCGCUUUCCAUCACCCCGCCCCAUUCUCCCGCUUUCCAUCACCCUGCCCCAUUCUCCCGCUUUCCAUCACCCCGCCCCAUUCUCCUGCUUUCCAUCACCCCGCCCCAUUCUCCCGCUUUCCAUCACCCCGCCCCAUUCCCCCUCCUUCAAUCACCCCGCCCCAUUCUCCCGCUUUCCAUCACCCCGCCCCAUUCUCCCGCUUUCCAUCACCCCGCCCCAUUCUCCCGCUUUCCAUCACCCCGCCCCAUUCUCCCGCUUUCCAUCACCCCAACCCAUUCUCCCGCUUUCCAUCACCCGGCCCCAUUCUCCCGCUUUCCAUCACCCUGCCCCAUACUCCUGCUUUCCAUCACCCCGCCCCAUUCUCCCGCUUUCCAUCACCCCGCCCCAUUCUCCCAUUUUCCAUCACCCUGCUCCAUUCUCCCGCUUUCCAUCACCCCGCCCCGUUCUCCCGCUUUCCAUCACCCCGCCCCAUUCUCCCGCUUUCCAUCACCUUGGCCCAUUCUCCCGCUUUCCAUCGCCCCGCCCCAUUCUCCCUCCUUCCAUCACCCCGCCUCAUUCUCCCGCUUUCCAUCACCCCGCCCCAUUCUCCUGCUUUCCAUCACCCCGCCCCAUUCUCCCUCCUUCAAUCACCCCGCCCCAUUCUCCCUCCUUCCAUCACCCCGCCCCAUUCUCCCGCUUUCCAUCACCCCGCCCCAUUCUCCCGCUUUCCAUCACCCCGCCCCAUUCUCCCGCUUUCCAUCACCCCGCCCCGUUCUCCCGCUUUCCAUCACCCCGCCCCAUUCUCCCGUUUUCCAUCACCCCGCCCCAUUCUCCCGCUUUCCAUCACCUCGCCCCAUUCUCCCGCUUUCCAUCACUUUGCCCCAUUCUCCCGCUUUCCAUCGCCCCGCCCCAUUCUCCCUUCUUCCAUCACCCCGCCUCAUUCUCCCGCUUUCCAUCACCCCGCCCCAUUCUCCCGCUUUCCAUCACCCCGCCCCAUUCUCCUGCUUUCCAUCACCCCGCCCCAUUCUCCCUCCUUCAAUCACCCCGCCCCAUUCUCCCUCCUUCCAUCACCCCGCCCCAUUCUCCCGCUUUCCAUCACCCCGCCCCAUUCUCCCGCUUUCCAUCACCCCGCCCCAUUCUCCCGCUUUCCAUCACCCCGCCCCAUUCUCCCGCUUUCCAUCACCCCGCCCCAUUCCCCCUCCUUCCAUCAUCCCACCCCAUUCUCCCGCUUUCCAUCACCCCGCCCCAUUCUCCCACUUUCCGUCACCCCGCCCCAUUCUCCCGCUUUCCAUCACCCCGCCCCAUUCUCCCGCUUUCCAUCACCCCGCCCCAUUCUCCCGCUUUCCAUCACCCCACCCCAUUCUCCCACUUUCCAUCACUCCGCCCCAUUCUCCCGCUUUCCAUCACCCCGCCCCAUUCUCCCGCUUUCCAUCACCCCGCCCCAUUCUCCCGCUUUCCAUCACCCCGCCCCAUUCUCCCGCUUUCCAUCACUCCGCCCCAUUCUCCCCCUUUCCAUCACCCCGCCCCAUUCUCCCGCUUUCCAUCACCCCGCCCCAUUCUCCCGCUUUCCAUCACCCCGCCCCAUUCUCCCGCUUUCCAUCACCCCGCCCCAUUCUCCCGCUUUCCAUCACCCCGCCCCAUUCUCCCGCUUUCCAUCACCCCGCCCCAUUCUCCCGCUUUCCAUCACUCCGCCCCAUUCUCCCCCUUUCCAUCACCCCGCCCCAUUCUCCCGCUUUCCAUCACCCCGCCCCAUUCUCCCGCUUUCCAUCACCCCGCCCCAUUCUCCCGCUUUCCAUCACCCCGCCCCAUUCUCCCGCUUUCCAUCACCCCGCCCCAUUCUCCCGCUUUCCAUCACCCCGCCCCAUUCUCCCGCUUUCCAUCACCCUGCCCCAUUCUCCCGCUUUCCAUCACCCCGCCCCAUUCUCCUGCUUUCCAUCACCCCGCCCCAUUCUCCCGCUUUCCAUCACCCCGCCCCAUUCCCCCUCCUUCAAUCACCCCGCCCCAUUCUCCCGCUUUCCAUCACCCCGCCCCAUUCUCCCGCUUUCCAUCACCCCGCCCCAUUCUCCCGCUUUCCAUCACCCCGCCCCAUUCUCCCGCUUUCCAUCACCCCAACCCAUUCUCCCGCUUUCCAUCACCCGGCCCCAUUCUCCCGCUUUCCAUCACCCUGCCCCAUACUCCUGCUUUCCAUCACCCCGCCCCAUUCUCCCGCUUUCCAUCACCCCGCCCCAUUCUCCCAUUUUCCAUCACCCUGCUCCAUUCUCCCGCUUUCCAUCACCCCGCCCCGUUCUCCCGCUUUCCAUCACCCCGCCCCAUUCUCCCGCUUUCCAUCACCCCACCCCAUUCCCCCUCCUUCAAUCACCCCGCCCCAUUCUCCCGCUUUCCAUCACCCUGCCCCAUUCUCCCGCUUUCCAUCACCCCGCCCCAUUCUCCCGCUUUCCAUCACCCAGCCGCAUUAUCCCGCUUUCCAUCACCCCGCCCCAUUCUCCCGCUUUCCAUCACCCCGCCCCAAUCUCCUGCUUUCCAUCACCCCGCCCCAUUCUCCCGCUUUCCAUCACCCCGCCCCAUUCUCCUGCUUUCCAUCACCCCGCCCCAUUCUCCCUCCUUCAAUCACCCCGCCCCAUUCUCCCUCCUUCCAUCACCCCGCCCCAUUCUCCCGCUUUCCAUCACCCCGCCCCAUUCUCCCGCUUUCCAUCACCCCGUCCCGUUCUCCCGUUUUCCAUCACCCCGCCCCAUUCUCCCGCUUUCCAUCACCCGGCCCCAUUCUCCCGCUUUCCAUCACCCCGCCCCAUACUCCCCCUUUCCAUCACCCCGCCCCAUUCUCCUGCUUUCCAUCACCCCGCCCCAUUCUCCCACUUUCCAUCACCCCGCUCCAUUCUCCCGCUUUCCAUCACCCCGCCCCGUUCUCCCGCUUUCCAUCACCCCGCCCCAUUCUCCCGCUUUCCAUCACCCCGCCCCAUUCUCCCGCUUUCCAUCACCCCGCCCCAUUCUCCCGCUUUCCAUCACCCCGCCCCAUUCUCCCUCCUUCCAUCACCCCGCCCCAUUCUCCCUCCCUCCAUCACCCCGCUCCAUUCUCCCGCUUUCCAUCACCCCGCCCCGUUCUCCCGCUUUCCAUCACCCCGCCCCAUUCUCCCGCUUUCCAUCACCCCGCCCCAUUUUCCCGCUUUCCAUCACCCCACCCCAUUCUCCCGCUUUCCUUCACCCCGCCCCAUUCUCCCACUUUCCAUCACCCCGCCCCAUUCUCCCGCUUUCCAUCACCCCGCCCCAUUCUCCCACUUUCCAUCACCCCGCCCCAUUCUCCCUCCUUCCAUCACCUCGCCCCAUUCUCCCUUCUUCCAUCACCCCCGCCCCAUUCUCCCGCUUUCCAUCACCCCGCCCUAUUCUCCCGCUUUCCAUCACCCCGCCCCAUUCUCCCGCUUUCCAUCACCCCGCCCCAUUCCCUUUCCUUCCAUCACCCCGCCCCAUUCUCCCGCUUUCCAUCACCCCGCCCCAUUCUCUCGCUUUCCAUCACCCCGCCCCAUUCUCCCGCUUUCCAUCACCCCGCCCCAUUCUCCCGCUUUCCAUCACCCCGCCUCAUUCUCCCGUUUUCCAUCACCCCGCCCCAUACUCCCGCUUUCCAUCACCCCGCCCCAUUCUCCCGCUUUCCAUCACCCCGCCCCAUUGUCCCGCUUUCCAUCUCCCCGCCCCAUUCUCCUGCUUUCCAUCACCCCGCCCCAUUCUCCCCCUAUCCAUCACCCCGCCCCAUUCUCCCUCCUUCCAUCACCCCGCCCCAUUCUACCUCCUUCCAUCACCCCGCCCCAUUCUCCCGCUUUCCAUCACCCCGCCCCAUUCUCCCGCUUUCCAUCACCCCGCCCCAUUCUCCCUUCCUCCCCGUUUUCCCCUUUUUUCCCUUUCACCCCUUCCCUCCCUUCCUCCCCGUCCUUCCCUACCGCAGCGGCUAAUGUUGAAGUCCUGCUGUUUACCUGUGCACAGCCCGCCAGCAAAACUUUCCCAAGGAAGGCGGAACGCUAG